AUGCUGGUGAAAUCAUCAAGUGGUAUUAACAUUGGCAAUGGUAAAAAUUGUACAGAAAAUCGAAAACCAACAAUAACUUCUUUUUCAUCAUCAUCACCUUCUACUUACAUAAACAAGUGUGUUACGAAGACAAAUACAGUAUUAAUAAAACCAUCAAAUGUUGAAAAAGAUGAUAUUAAAUGUCAAGAACAACAAUUAAAUGAUUUUAUUCAACCAGCUAAUUCAUUUUUAAUAAAUAGUCUAUCAAGUUUUCAAUCUGAAGGUUUAGCAACAAAUUUUAAAUUUGAAUUAAUACCAGAAACAAUUAAUCAUUUUAAACAAUAUCAAACAAAUAUUCAACGUCGUCCACAUUUACAAUGGACUAAACGUCAUGGAUCAUCAUCAUCAUCUAAAAAUCAAAAUACAAAUGGAAAUUCUUCAAUUAUAUUUCUACGUUCAUCAAUUGAUUUAAAUACAACAACAAUGUCAAAUAAUUUAAUAAAUGAAAAUUCUCAUAUACCUGAUAUUUCAAUUACUGAAAUGACAAAUAAAGAUUUUGAUGAUCAGUAUCAACAGAGUAGUAAUAAUCAAAAUGAUUUUGAUCAAACAUUAAAAACUACAAGUAUGACUAUUGUUACUAAUGAUAAUAAUGAGAAAGCAUUUGUUAAUCAAGCAAGUCAAUCAGCAUUAACUGAUACAAAAAUAAAGAAAACAAUUAGAUCAGCAAAUUAUCAUACAAAAAUAAAAUCAGCUACUAAAAGACCAAAACAACCAAGUGCUACUCAAAUAAUACAACAACAACCAAUAUUAUCCUCAACAUCACCAAAUCGAACUUUAUCACAAAAUGAUAUAAAUACGACAACAGUACAAAAAUUAACAUCAUCAACAACAACAACAACAAAAGUUGAUGAUAAUAAUGCAGGAAAAACUUUAAUAACAGUAGAUAUAACUAAAGCACGAUCAAAUCUUGAAGUUGUUCGAUUUUGUAUUCGAGAACUUGGAUGGAAAGAAUGUUUUACUAAUACAAAUGUUGAUUCUGAUAUCUAUUGGCAUUCAUCAUCAUUUCAUGAAGGUAAUAUUAAUUUUGCAUUCAGUUCAGGUCGAGUUAAUAAAUUUCCUGGUAUGAAUGAUUUAUUACGUAAAGUUCAUUUAACUCGUUUAUUAAAUAAUAUGAGAUUAUUAUUUCCAAAUGAUUUUGAUUUUUAUCCUAAAACAUGGUUUCUUCCUGAACAAACUCAACAAUUUAAAGAUGAUGUACGUUAUAUACAUCAACAAGAUAAAAAACAUAAUCGUUCAUUAACAACAUUUAUUGUUAAACCAUCAGAUGGUUCACAAGGUGAAGGUAUUUAUUUACUUAGAGAUCCAGCUCAUUGUAUUGUUACUAAUCGUCAACAUGUUGUACAAGAAUAUAUUGAUCGACCAUUAUUAAUUAAUGGACUUAAAUUUGAUUUACGAAUUUAUGUUGUUAUUCUUAAUUUAUAUCCAUUAGAAAUAUUUCUUUAUGAUGAAGGACUUGUUCGUUUUGCAACAGUUGGUUAUAAAGCACCAUCAACAGAAAAUCUUCAUCAAACAUAUAUGCAUUUAACAAAUUAUUCAUUAAAUAAACAUAGUAAUAAUUAUAAACAUACAACAAAUAAUCAACAAACUGAUGGUAGUAAACGUAAAUUAAGUACUGUUUGGAUACAAUUAAUAGAAAUAUUUGGUGAUGAAAAAAUUGAACGAACAAAAAUAUUAAUUACAGAAAUGAUUAAUAAAACUAUUUUAGCUAUUUUACCUGAACUUCGUGUUGAAUAUGAAUUUGAAUUACCAUUAGGAAAAAAACAGAAUAUAUCAUGUUUUCAGAUUGUUGGUUUUGAUAUAAUUCUAACUGAUCAUUUAAAACCAAUUUUACUUGAAGUUAAUGCAAAUCCUUCACUUCGAAUUGAUUUUGAUAAAGAAAAUGGAGCAGGAAAAUUAAUUUAUCAAUCAAGUCCAAUUGAUGAAGAAAUUAAAAAACCAUUAGUAUUAGAAACACUUAAAUUAGCAUUACCAAAGAAAAAAUUGUCUACAUUUGUACGUCAUGUACAAUCACAAGUUCAUGAUGAAUUAAUGGCACAACGUGUUGAAAAAGUAGCACAACGUCGAGUUGAAGAACGAAAUGAAAAAAUUAAAAGUGCACGAAAAACACGUUUUGAUGUAAAAUCAAAUCCAUUUUUUUCUCGACCAUCGGAUAGUAUAACAAAAGAAUUUAUACGUUUACACCAAGAACAACAAGAACAAAAUCAACAACAAAAAGUUCUUAUUACAUCUCCAACACAUACAAUAGAUCUAAUACAAUCAAAUAAUAUAACAACAAAUACACAAUUAUUACCUAAUAAUGAUGGAAAAUCAACUAGUCCAAAAAUAAUAAAAAGAACAAAAAAAUUAGUUGAUUCAACUGAUGAUGAUGAAAGUGGAACACCAGAAACAAGACAAAUUGAAACAAAUCAAAAUAUUCGUAAUAAUUUAUAUCAAACAUCAUCAACAAUAAUAAAACGAUCAAAUCUUAAAUCAGCAUCAAAUCGUUCUAUAAUAACAACUGAUACAAUUCUAGUUGGAUCAAUUCAAAAAUUAAAAAUGAUUUUUCCUUUGAAUUAUAAAACAAAAUAUCGACAUUUAUUUUUAUUAGAUAAAAUUGCUUAUAUUUAUAUUCAACUUGUUAUUAUGCUUGGACAUAAAACAAUGACUAGUGGACAAUUUCGUAAUUUUGCAAAUAUAUGUGGAAUUAUUAAUGAAACAAUUACAGCACCAACUAUUGAUAUACUUUAUUAUCAAAUACAACGAAAAUGGCAACAAUUUGUUUUACGUACUUCUUCAACAGGGUUACCAUUUUCAGCUUUUAUUGAAGUAUUUUUUCUAUUAUCACAACGUAAAUUUCCCAAUGCUCAAUCAUUACUUGACAGUGUUAGUCAAUUAGUCAAUGUUUGUGUCCGUAAUUUAAAUACCUGUUUACAAACUCCAUCAUCUCCAUUAAUUCAACAAUCAAAUCACUAUCUUCUUCAACGUGCAUCUCGAAUAAAUAGUUCAAUAAAUCAAUCAUCAAUGAAUAAUCGUUCGACAAUUAUAGCACUUCGUUCAACAACAACAACUGGAACAAAUCGUACAAUAAAUGUAUCAUCAUCUGCUCCAAUAUCAAAAGUUCAACAAAUAAUUCCAUCAGCAACAGCUAUAACAAAAAUACAUAAUGAUGAUAAACCAAAACAUUCAGCAAAAAGUGUUUUUCCUCUUUUUUUUUAA